GGCGUUGGGGUGUCGACGGGCACAGCGCUCCUCCUUUGGGCUCGGCGGGCCAGCCCCCCUGCAGGUUGUCCGCUGCCAGAGCUGCGGAGCUGCCAAGCCAAACACCCUAGCCUGGUUUGGAUGGGGACGGGGACUGAUUCAUCGGACCGCCAGGGUUUGGGACAACUUUUUGGGGGGUUAAAAAAAAAAAUCACCGUGGCACGUGGAGAGAGAGGAGUCUGCUGGGGGUUGUGAGCGCUGCGGACUCGGGGCGCCUUGGAAGGGCGCGGAGGGGGAGCUUCUAGGCUACAGCUGCCGAAAUGGGGUGCGGAUUGAACAAGCUAGAAAAGCGUGAUGAGAAGCGGCCUGGGAAUAUUUAUUCCACCUUGAAGAGGCCUCAGGUGGAAACCAAGGUAGAUGUGUCCUAUGAAUACCGGUUCCUGGAGUUCACGACCCUCAGUGCCGAGGAGCUCCCGAGGUCCUCGGCAGUGAGGCUGACUUCCCUGCGGGACCUGCCCGCCCAGCUCCUGGAUCUGUACCAGCAGGGCUUCUCGCUGGCCGCCCUGCACCCCUUUGUGCAGCCGACUCACAAGCAGGAGACGCUGCCUCUUGAGCACAUCUUCAGAGCCAUCCUGGUCAAGAAAACUGACAGAUCUCAGAAAACUGAUCUUCACAAUGAAGGCUACGUCUUGGAGUUAGAUUGCUUUUCCUCCUUAGACCACCGAACACUCGUCCCGGACUUUGUUAAGAAGGUCCAGGAGGCCGCGAGUCGGGGCCUGAAGUUCAUUGGUGUCAUACCUCAGUACCAGUCCCCCGUGCCCUCAGUGGGCAGCAGUCCUCCCGUGCCCACUGCCCACAGUGCUGUGGAUGCCAGAGAUGUGAGGACUGCCCGUGGGGAUCAUACAUCCUUGGAGAGCGAGGACCCGGGGGCUGCAGACGUGGGAGUCGUUCCUGCAGGGAUGGAUCGAAGUCCAGCACCCAGCCCAGGCCCUACCAGGGAGGCACCCUGUACCCAGCACCCUAGUCUACCCUCGGAAGAGGGUGAGAGUGGCGAGUUUUCACUGCAGGGGGUGAGCCCCCCACUGGAUGGACCAGAGGGCAACCCCUCAGAUAUGCACGGAGACCCACUCACAGGGAAAAUGGAGAUCUUCGCCCUUUUCAACAGACCGAAGAGCCAUCAGAAGUGCCGGCAGUACUAUCCCGUCUCCAUUCCUCUGCGGGUCUCCAGGAACGGCCAGACGGUGAGCAGUUUGGAUGCCAACUGGUUGGAGCACAUGAGUGACCACUUCCGGAAAGGCGGCAUGCUGGUCAACGCGGUCUUCCACCUUGGAAUGGUGAACGAUUCCUUCCAUGGCUUGACAGAUGGAGUAUUCAUCUUUGAAGCUGUUUCCACAGAAGAUAGCAAAACCAUGCAGGGCUACGAUGCUAUUGUCGUUGAACAAUGGACGGUCCUGGAAGGGGUGGAGGUGCAGACAGACUACGUGCCUCUGUUGAACUCACUGGCAGCUUACGGCUGGCAGCUCACCUGUGUACUACCAACUCCUGUCAUCAAAACAACCAGGGAAGGGAGUGUAUCCACCAAGCAGAUUGUCUUUCUUCAGAGACCAUGUCUACCUCAGAAAAUCAAGAAAAAGGAAUCCAAGUUUCAGUGGCGGUUCUCCAGAGAAGAAAUGCACAGCAGGCAGACGAGGAAAUCCAAAGGGAAACUCAGCGCCAGAGAUAAACGACAAGCAGAAGAAAACGAGAAGAAUUUAGAAGACCAGUUCUCCAAAGCUGGGGAUGUGGGAAACUGUGUGGCAGGUGGGCAGCAGGAGGGUGGAGGCGCUGAGAUGAGGGGCCCUGAGCCUGAGGUCAGAGCAGAAAGGCAGAGUGGGGUUGCCGUGCAGAAUGGUCCUGCUGGCUACAGCAGGGCCCAGGCAGUCCCCCGGCACUCGGGUCCUGGAGAGGAUGCCGAAGUUGCUGCAGAGCCUGCUCCAGAAGACAACUAAGUCCUGGGCAGUUUGUGCUGAAGCUAGACAAGGUGGCAAACCCAGUUAUCUUGCUGGCAGCUGGUUUGCCCUGGUGUUGUGUGUUACCCUUUGGCUUGGCUUGACCUCUCCUUGUGAGCUCACCCGAACCCUCUGAGGGCCGGUCCUUGACAGUGUUGGUUUCUGCACAUCCAUUCAAAAGGCGUCUUAAUGACCCCAAAUUAGAAUGCAAGGUCGUGUUCUUUUAGACCUCAGGGGUCCUGGCUACGCAGGGCUGUUGUGCAGUGUCUGUCCCCUGCUGCUUUGUGCAACUAUUUGGUGAUUUUGAACAACCCUUGGAGCUCUGCGGACUGCCCUUCUCCACCUACAGCCUGCAGAUAUCCUGCUGCUUUGGCAAAAAUGAUGACAUUGAGGAGGGGAGGUGGCCAGCCUCUCACUUCUCUCAAAGUAGUCCUAUAGAUGCUGGUAAUGUGGAAAGGAAGAGGUAAUUCUGUGUGCACCUGUUCUUGCAGAACAUUCAAGAAAGUUUUCUGUGUUAGUAUUAAUGCCAAAAAACUUUUUUAAAGAUUUUGUAUUCAGCACAUCCUAGGAAUACAUGUUCCUCUCAUUUCAGGGCAUCCGGGCUGGUCGCACACCUUGUUAUGUACAAUUUUAUCAGUGCGUCAUUGGCCAAGUACCCACGUAUGCUGUGUCUAUCACGCGUUUAUGCUGUCCAGAAAGCAUUGUUAAGGCUUUAAGUAGACACAUCUGGCAACUGGAGAGAGAAUGUCAUUACUUGACGGAAACAACAACCUGUCUUUCUUAUUUCGCUACUUAAAGCAAUAAAUCAUCUUGAGUUUAGUACCCUGU